UGGUGUAGCUGCGCGGGCGAGAUAAAUACCUUCAUUUGAUGACGUUUUCUUUAACGGGGGUAAUUUUGAACACAGUCCCUUACAUAAAACUUAAUUCGUUUCUGAAGAUAACGCGCAGGUUGAGACGGUCCCUAACUCUGUCUGUGUCGGGGUGUGAGUAUUGAUGUUGUCGAGGGGGACGGAAAGGAACGUAGCUCCACACACUCCACUUGAACCAGCGUGUUCGAUGUCUCGAAUAACCUUCUUGGUCAAACAGAGAGGAAAGUUACUUUAGGAGGAAACGGUCAGUAGAAAAGGAUGAAGCGCUCCAUGUAACCCCCCCUCUGUCUCUCUCGGACGCCAUGAACCUGAAGCGGAGAUUCGACCUGUGAGGACUGGAGACAAGUACUGAUCGGGACACACACACACACACACACACACCAUGAACUGGCUGACCUCCUGAACCGGCCUCCCCAUACAUACACACGUACGCACACACACACACACGCACACACAAACACGCACGCACAUACACACCAUGAACUGGUUGACCUCCUGAACCGUCCUCCCCACAUACACACGUACACACACACACACACACACACACACACACGCACGCACGCACUGGGGCGUGCCAUGGGCUCCCCGUUCAUGUGCAAGCUCUCCUCCCAGAAGCUGGGCCUGUGCCUGGUGGGCUUCGGCUUCAUCUGGGGCAUGAUGCUGCUCCACUUCACCGUCCAGCAGAGCGCCAACCACGAGAACAGCGCCGCCCUGCGCCAGCAGAUCCUGGACCUCAGCAAGCGCUACAUCAAGGCCCUGGCCGAGGAGAACCAGGACGUGAUGGACGGGCCCUACGUGGGGACCAUGACGGCCUACGAUCUGAAGAAGACCCUGGCGGUCCUCUUGGACAACAUCUUGCUCCGGCUGGGAAAGCUGGAGUCCAAGGUGGACAACCUGGCGUACAACGGCACGGCCGGGAACCUGACCAAUGGGACGGCCCCGGGGACCGGCACGGCCAUGCCCAGCGCGGGGAACGGCGAGAAGGUCAACGUGGCAGAUCUCCUGAGUGGAGCCCAGGAGAAGUGCGAGCUGCCCCCCCUUGAUGGCUUCCCCCACUGCGAGAGCAAGAUGAAGUGGAUGAAGGACAUGUGGCGGUCGGACACUUGCUACGGUAACUAUGGUGUUGACGGCUCCACCUGUUCGGCCUUCAUCUACCUGAGUGAGGUGGAGAACUGGUGCCCACGGCUUCCCUGGAGGCAGAGGAACCUGGACGAGGAAGCAGAGAGGAAGAGCCAGACGGAGAUCCGGACCAGCUUCGACGACCUGUACCGGCUCAUGUCCAGCCGGGAGGAGUUCCGCUGGAUGAUGCUUCGUAUCAAACGCAUGGCCGAACCCUGGCUCAGCGCCAUCCAGUCGCUGGCCGAGAAGCAGGACCUGAGCAAACGCAAGCGCAAGAAGAUCCUGGUGCAUUUGGGCCUGCUGACUAAGGAGUCGGGGUUCAAGAUCGCGGAGAACGCCUUCAGCGGGGGACCCCUAGGGGAACUGGUGCAGUGGAGCGACCUCAUCACCACCCUCUACCUGCUGGGCCAUGACGUCCGCGUCUCCGCCUCGAUUAACGAGCUCAAAGAGAUCAUGAGAAGGGUGAUGGGGAACAAGUCCAGCUGUCCAACCCAAGGGGACAAGGUGGUGGAGCUCAUAUACAUUGACAUUGUGGGCCUGGGCCAGUUCAAAAAGACUCUGGGGCCAUCCUGGGUCCACUACCAGUGUAUGCUGCGAGUUCUGGAUUCCUUCGGCACCGAACCCGAGUUCAACCACGCCCACUACGCCCAAUCGAAGGGGCACAAGACCCCCUGGGGCAAGUGGAACCUCAACCCCCAGCAGUUCAACACCAUGCUCCCUCACACUCCAGAUAACACCUUCCUGGGGUUUGUGGUGGAGCAGCACCUGAACGCCAGCGACAUCAGCCGCAUUGAUGACAUCAAGAGGCAGAACCAGUCCCUGGUCUAUGGCAAAGUGGACAGCUUCUGGAAGGACAAGAAGGACUACCUGGACAUCAUCCACAGGUACGCGGAGGUGCACGGCACGGUCCACGGCACCAGCACGGUCCACCUGCCCACCUACGUGAAGAACCACGGCAUCCUGAGCGGCAGAGACCUGCAGCUCCUGCUGAGGGAGACCAAGCUGUUCUUGGGGCUGUCCUUCCCCUACGAAGGUCCCGCCCCCCUGGAGGCCAUAGCCAAUGGGUGCGCUUUCCUCAACCCGAAAUUCAACCCUCCGAAGAGCAGCAAGAACACAGACUUCUUCAAAGGAAAGCCCACGCUGCGAGAGCUGACGUCCCAGCACCCGUACGCGGAGGUGUACAUAGGGCAGCCCCAUGUGUGGACCGUCGACAUCGACAACCCGGCCGAGGUGGAGAGAGCGGUCAAAUCCAUCCUCAGCCAGAAGAUCGAGCCCUACCUGCCCUACGAGUUCACCUGUGAGGGGAUGCUGCAGAGAGUGAACGCUUUCAUCGAGAAUCAGGACUUCUGCCACGGCCAGGUGAUGUGGCCUCCACUGAGCGCGCUCCAGGUGAAGCUGGCGGCCCCGGGGAAGUCCUGUAAGCAGGUGUGUCAGGAGGAGCAGCUGAUCUGUGAGCCGUCCUUCUUCCAGCACCUCAACAUGGACAAGGACCUGAUGAAGUUCGGCGUGCGGUGCCAGACGGCGGACUCGGCGGGCGACACGGUGGUGCCGGCGUACAACGAGGCCACGGGGCACUGCGUGCUCCAGGCCGACCUCCUGCUCUUCAGCUGCGCGGGCGAGCACCCCUCCCUCAGGCGCGUCUGCCCCUGCCGGGACUACAUGAAGGGCCAGGUGGCGCUCUGCGAGGGCUGCCUAUAGCCCCGCCCCCCCGAAGCCCCGCCCUGCCCUCCACCCUCACCGGGGCUGCUGGGCCAGGGAGGCGGGCAGAUGAACUCCAGAAAGGCCUCAACGCGCCCAGGAGGGAGCGGCCUGCGGGGCGCAAUCUUUAUUUACGGCUUCUUCGGCACCCCGCGCGGGAUGCGCGCAUUUUGGCGUCUUUUGCGUUUCGCAAACCGACGGACCAGACGGCGUUUCGGACGUGGUGGAGGAUGGAGGGACGUCUGUGGAACAUUCCGUUGGACGUUACGACUCUGGUGGCGAGAAUAUAUAUAUGUGUUUGUGUACAUACGAAACCUCUCCAAUAUCAGCCUGAAAUACUUGAAUUACAGGUAGUGUGUAAAGAAACUGAAAGAUGCCAGUACUCUCCGCUGCCCCCUGGCUGCUUGGCAGUGGAGCUGCGUAGCAGCGAAGUUACCCGAUCUCACCGUUGGUUUCGGUCUCGAGCCACGCAUAGUCGCACCGUGGGACCAAUACGCCAGUUUUAUGUUGGGAAACCAGAACCGUCCCCGUUCCGACGGCUCUGCCGUUAAGCAGUUUUUUUUUUGUUUUUUAAGUUUGUAGAUUUGCACUAGUGUGUCACUUUUAGAGGUGUAAAGAGGUGCCAGUGGGUGUACAUUCACUCCCAGUUAUGUCCCGACACUGUAUAUGUACCGCCCUAUGUAGCCAGUCGCAGGCCCAUGGAGACGAGAGGCGGUCAGCUCGAGUUGUAAAGUUUAUUAGGAAACGCGCGAUCUCUCUUACUGCUUAGAUCUGUACAAAAUCACCACGGUCGUCCCUGCACAAGUGACCGUUGAGUUUUACAUGUUUUAAAUAGAUGCAAAGAAGAAUUCGAAAUGUGUAUUUAUAGAUGGGUGUCUAUAUUUAUUUAUAUAAAGAGAGGAAAGAAACGUGGAUAUGUACAGAACUACAUAGGUGUAGAUAUUGCUGCUCCUCACAGAAUUCAGACGAUUUGAAACCCUUCGAUUGGCCUCCGGGGUUUCCUUUAUACUUGGAUAUUUUGAGUAAUUGCAUUCGUGGAUUCUCAGGUUUGUGACCUGUUGGGUGGAAUCUGCUGAAGUAAUGUAAAAGGUGUGAGGAAGAUGCACUAUGCGAUAUGCUCGCUGAAGCUGAACAAAUGUUAUCGACACUGAAUACUGUUCUUAUCGGGGUUCGUUAUUUUCUAUUUAUUUUGUACAGAAAUCUUUGUCACAGGUGUUUGCUGAAUGGAACGCAAGUUUACUUGGUUUCUUUUUAUUUAUAGUAGACGGUAAGGGAGAUGAUAUUUUAAUUGAAGGUUAUUUUAUUUAAUGGGAAUUUCGUGCGAUCACUUUUGUAUAUGUGGGUGUAAGGAUGGAGUUGUUUGUUCAGAGUAGACUGUCAGUCAGUACCUUUGGAAGAAGUGGAUACUGCCUUUCUGCGUGUUUAACAGAAAUCUUGUGUUCAGCACAAAAAAAGUCAUGUUUUAUCUUUAAAAAAAAAAUCAAAGUGCCUGCCAAUGUGGAUUUCUGUGCACGUACAUAGGCGAAUUAAGGACAGAUUCAAUCUAACCUGCAUUGCACUUCAGCCUUAACUUGGAGCGAUCAUUGUGGGUUUGUUUGGCACAAAAUAUAUCUUUGAAAUAUUACUAAAAAGACUGAAGUUUGUUGUCAAAUAAAGGGGAAACCUACAAUAAUGCUUUGUGAUUCGACAGUUAAGGACCGAGUGAAUUUGAGUUUGAAUCAAGGCCAGGAUUCUCUUCAAAAUCGUGGCAGUCCGUUGGUCAGACCUCCAAUUUGUAUUUUUGCAUCACUCCAGAGGAAGUAGUUGCAUGCGUUGUGGCCUGCUUGAAGGCCAGUUCAGUGUACAUCAUCACUGCUACACUCGUACCGUCACCGCUGUCCUGAUCACAGCUGGUUCGCUGCGUCCCGUCGCGCGCACGCAGAUGCCAGUGCUUUGUGACAGGACUGAAGCACCACACAGUUUAAUUCUACCUAAAUGCCAGCAAGAACUUUAUUUUAAUGUUUUUUUAUUUUAUUAUUUUAAUUUAGAUCACAAUGUGAUUUGCACAUCUGUCAAUACAGACUAAUAUCUGCUUAACCAGCCACUGUAAGCUGUGUUUAUUAACACGAUAUAUGAAUAUUGAUGUAAUUACUGGAAUGUAAUCACUGGGUAACAGAUAUAUAAUUACCUGAACAUCUUGCAUGCACACCUUACACGUGACAAAUCGGGAAUUGUUAAUUCAUGUUAAAAAAAAAAAAAGGUUUGCAGUUAAUGCCAUUUCACAGAAAUCUGAAUAACUGUUUGCCAUUGUUGCUUUGUUUUAUUUAUUCUUAUUUUUUGCAAGUUAGCAAAUAUAACAAUCUCCAAGCAAGGAUGGGUUUUAAAGUUCAGCGUAUGCCUUGUUAUGGUUUGUAGAACACGCUUACCUUUUGUCUCCACAGCGGUGUCUUCUGCGUAACCAAUGAACAGCCACGGCUGUAACGAUUGGUUGUGAUGGUGCGUAAUGCUAUUAUGAGAUGCCCGAGGGAGGACUGCGUGGAUUCAGUGUAAUUACUUGCUUCAGUGUAAUUACUUUCUUCAUGUUUUGCUUUCAGUCAGAAACUCAGAAAACAGUCUUUUCUCCUUGUGUGGGUCAGGUUUUUACAGUACGACUAAAUUCCAGUCAGUCCUUGUUUGGGUUUCAAUUUUACAGAUUAACGUUCGAAGCGUCAGAUCCUCAGCAAGAGCAAAAGUGGUAACAUUAGAAUGUGUUUACCAAUGUGAUAAGAUGGCCAAAACACCGAUAGCCUACUUUAUAGUGGCGACUGAACUAUGUAUCUGAACUAUAAGAUAAUGUCAUGUUGAGUUUAUUAUUUUUUUUAUUUAAAUGAUCAACAUUCUUUCACAGAACCUUUUGGUAAAAAAGCAUUUUUAUUGCGUGUCUUGUUUUCAAUCUUGGAGGUGUUUGCAAAAGGUAGUGACAAAAGCGAACACAAGAAAAAGAAAGACCAGAUUUGUUUUCACCCUUUUUGAUGAAUACGCAGGAUAAAACUUUAUUUUUCAAUAAACCUUUUUCUGUGACAAAGUAA